AUGAAGCCGGGAAUGUUGUCUAUUUUAGUUGGAUUUUGCUUGUCAGUGAACGGCGAAUUAACAAUUGAGGAAAUAAGAAAAACAAUGCAAGAGUUCAUAGAUGAAAAGUGUAAAGACCAUGUGGAAGAAGUUCGUUUGCUUCGGGAAGAAGUAACUUCUCUUCGAAGUUCCCAAAUUCAUUUGGAAACAGAGCAAUAUGAUAUGGUGUCCAAAAUAAAGAAACUGUCAAACGAAAACGAACAGUUAAAGAAGUCGUUAAAGCAGCUUCGCAAGGACAAUGUAGGCACCAAGAACCCAUACCAAGACAAACUGGCUGAAAAAGACGUUGGUGAAGAGCAUGAAAUAAAAGAUGCACUGAGGGCUAAGUCUAGACGGAUUCCUGUAAGUUCUGGUAUUCUGGCCACUUCAAUAGCUUUCUCUGCUUCUUUGGCGCACAAUAUAGCCAAUCCCUACGACAACGAAAUAUUCGUCUUUGACAGACUGAUCACGAAUUCUGGUAAUGCCUACAACAAGAACAAUGGAAUGUUUACCGCGCCAAUCAAAGGUAUCUACGCCUUCUUCUCCUCUGUACUCACACUUCCAGGAAAAAGUUUGGAGGCGCAAAUCGUGAAGAAUGGAAAUGCUUUCUGCAAUUUGUACGCUGGCAACACAAACUUUUUUGGCCCUGGAUUCAACAUGGCCAUCAUUGAACUGGAAGUUGGAGACGCAGUUUGGGUAAAAAUUCAUGACAAAUAUCAUGACACGGGCAUCACUCUCGACGGUGCUUGGACUACAUUUUCUGGAAUUUUGUUGAACGAAACUGAAUAA